CCAGUCUGCAUCUUUUAAAGGCCUUUCGUCCUUUCGCUCGUUUCCCCUCACUCUUCCCUUCGUUCACGAAAGGGCGAAAUCUUGGCUGGUUUCCGCUCCCCACGACAUCAUGACGAGCUACGACCACUCAAAAGUAGCCCACUUCAUCGGUGGAAAUUCUCUUGAUAAGGCCCCAACAGGCCCUGUCACAGACUUUGUGAAGAGCCAUGGAGGACACACAGUCAUCACAAAGGUUCUCAUCGCGAAUAACGGUAUCGCUGCCGUGAAGGAGAUCCGUUCGAUCAGGCAAUGGAGUUAUGAGUCGUUCGGCACAGAGCGCGCCGUCGAAUUCACCGUUAUGGCGACUCCUGAGGACCUGAAAGUCAAUGCAGAAUAUAUUCGCAUGGCGGAUCAAUACAUCGAGGUCCCCGGAGGCACGAACAACAACAACUACGCCAACGUGGACCUCAUUGUUGAAGUUGCUGAGCGCGCUGGCGUACACGCUGUCUGGGCUGGUUGGGGUCACGCGUCGGAGAACCCGCGACUCCCUGAGACUCUCGCCGCAAACAAGAUCGUCUUCAUCGGCCCCCCUGGUAGUGCCAUGCGCAGCCUCGGAGACAAGAUUUCGAGCACUAUUGUCGCCCAGAGCGCGGAUGUUCCGACCAUGGCCUGGUCAGGAACAGGUAUUUCGGACACAGUGCUCUCGGAGCGGGGAUUCGUUACCGUCGCCGACGACGUCUUCAAAAAGGCAUGCGUCACAACUGUCGAAGAGGGUCUCGAGCGCGCUCAGCAGAUCGGAUGGCCAGUUAUGAUCAAGGCAAGCGAAGGUGGUGGAGGAAAGGGUAUUCGAAAGGUUGAGCGCCCAGAAGACUUCAAGAACGCCUUCCACGCUGUGGCCGGCGAGAUCCCAGGUUCCCCAAUUUUCAUCAUGAAGCUUGCUGGCCAGGCCCGUCACCUUGAGGUUCAGCUGCUGGCUGACCAAUACGGAAACGCUAUCUCGCUCUUCGGGCGAGACUGCUCCGUCCAGCGCCGUCACCAGAAGAUCAUUGAGGAGGCUCCGGUUACUAUCGCCAAGGAGGAGACUUUCUCAGAGAUGGAACGUGCUGCAGUUCGUCUCGCGAAGCUUGUUGGAUACGUCAGUGCAGGAACCGUAGAGUACCUGUACAGUCACGCUGAGGACGUCUUCUAUUUCCUUGAGCUCAACCCCCGUCUCCAGGUCGAGCACCCCACCACUGAGAUGGUCACUGGUGUCAACCUGCCGGCUGCUCAGCUCCAAGUCGCCAUGGGUAUACCACUGCAUCGGAUUCGCCACAUCCGUCAACUUUAUGGCGUUGCUCCGCAUGGCACCUCCGACAUCGACUUUGACAUGGUCGAUCCAGAUGUGAGCAAGGCUCAGCGCAAGCCGCGUCCCAAGGGCCACGUUGUCGCUGUCCGUAUCACUGCGGAAAACCCCGAUGCCGGCUUCAAGCCGUCUUCGGGCGCACUGCAGGAGCUCAACUUCCGCUCGAGCACGAACGUCUGGGGCUACUUCUCCGUGAACGGUGCAGGCGGUCUGCACGAGUUCGCCGAUUCACAAUUCGGCCACAUCUUCGCUUACGGCGAGGAUCGUAACGAAAGUCGCAAGAACAUGGUGGUCGCUCUCAAAGAGCUCAGCAUUCGCGGCGACUUCCGCACCACGGUCGAGUACCUCAUCAGGCUCUUGGAACUGCAGGCGUUCCAGGAGAACACUAUCACUACCGGCUGGCUCGACUCUCUGAUCAGCGACCGGCUGACCGCUGAGCGACCCGGAUCGACUUUGGCCGUCGUCUGCGGCGCCGUCACAAAGGCCCAUCUUGCGUCGCAGGCGAGCUGGGAUGAGUACAAGCGCAUCCUCGACAAAGGUCAAGUUCCUUCUAAGGACGUGUUGAAGACUGUCUUCUGCAUAGACUUCAUCUACGACAAUACCCGCUACUCUUUCACCGCAUCGCGCUCUUCUCUGAUCCUGUGGACCCUGUACCUCAACGGUGGCCGCACCGUUGUCGGCGCUCGCCCUCUUGCAGACGGUGGUCUCUUGGUAUUGCUCGAUGGAAAGAGUCACUCGGUGUACUGGCGAGAGGAAGUCGGUGCUCUGCGUGUUAUGAUCGAUCAGAAGACCUGUUUGAUUGAGCAGGAGAAUGACCCAACUCAGCUUCGCAGCCCGAGUCCUGGCAAGCUUGUUCGGUUCUUGGUCGAUAGUGGUGAUCAUAUCAAGGCUGGCGAGGCGUACGCCGAAAUUGAGGUCAUGAAGAUGUAUAUGCCUCUGGUCGCCUCUGAAGACGGUACCGUUCAGUUCGUCAAACAGCCCGGUGUCAGCCUGGAGCCUGGAGACAUCCUCGGUAUUCUCACCCUCGAUGACCCUGGCCGUGUCAGACACGCCAAGCCUUUCGAGGGCCUCCUUCCCCCCAUGGGCAAUCCUGCCGUCAUUGGCAACAAACCGCACCAACGCCUUUCCUACUGCCUGGGCGUCCUUAACGAUAUCCUCGAUGGCUUCGACAACCAGGCGAUCAUGGCACAGAUGCUCAAAGAUCUCCUCGACGUCCUCAACGACCCGGAGCUUCCGUUCUCGCAGACAUCGUCCAUUCUCUCUACGCUCUCUGGUCGUAUGCCUCAGAAGCUCGAAGAUAGUAUCCGCUCCACGAUUGACACCGCUAAGUCCAAGGGUGAGGGCGCUGAAUUCCCUGCUGUGCGCAUCAAGAAGAUUUUGGAGCACUUCAUGCAAGAUAACGUCCGGCCUCAAGACCGCGCAAUGUUCCGUACGCAGCUUGCCGCGCUCUUCGACAUUGUCGAGCGCUUCCAGGGCGGCCUCAAAGCGCAUCAGGUUGAAGCCCUCGCAAGCCUGCUCGCCAAGUACGAGGAGACUGAGAAGCUGUUUGGUGGUAGCAUCGAGGCGCGCGUCCUUCAGCUACGUGAGCAGCACAAGGACAACCUCGACAAGGUCGCCGGACUCGUCCUCAGCCACAUCAUGGCAUCCAGGAAGGGCAAGCUUAUCAUGGCGAUCCUUGAUCAUGUCCAGAACAGCGGCUCGACCGUCUCUAAUCCCGACACCAAGUUGUACCAGGCACUGCAGGGCCUAGCAAGCCUUGAAAACAGGUCUUCGACCCAAAUUGCUCUCAAGGCCCGUGAGGUCUUGAUCGCCUGCCAGAUGCCUUCCUACGACGAGCGUAAGACGCAAAUGGAGAGCAUACUUAAGUCUUCGGUCACCAGUAGUUACUACGGCGAGCAGGGUGUUAGUGCAAGGACCCCAUCUGUGGAGAUUCUUCGCGAGCUGGUUGACUCUAGGUACACCGUUUAUGACGUUCUCCCUACAUUCUUCGACCAUCCGGAUCAUUGGGUCUCACUCGCGGCCCUUGACGUCUACGUUCGUCGCGCAUACCGUGCAUACAGCCUUCUUUCUAUCGAUUACGAGGAAGGGGACGCGGAUGAGACCGAGGUCCCGAGCGCCGUUACUUGGCGCUUCAACCUUGGCCAGUCGCGCUCUCCGCCGUCGACACCCAUAAUCGGCAAGGGUGAGCCUCCUCGCAGACAGGCAUCGGUCAGCGACUUGAGUUAUAUGAUUGACACCCACCAGAAGCAGCCCCUUCGAACUGGUGCCCUUGCGUCGUUCCCCGACUUCGAAAGCCUGUCCCGUGGUUUUGAUUACGUCGCAGAGCUGUUGCCCACUUUCGACGCCGCAGAAUAUCGUCAGCGCUACGGCGAUAACCAGCCACCCAACGUGCUCAACUACGCCCUUCGUAUCUUCGAUGCCAAGGACGACAUGAGUGAAGAUGCCUGGUACCACAAAAUUGUCGAUCUCGUCAACAACAAGAAGGACGUUCUCUUGCAGCGCGGAGUGCGCCGCGUUUCCAUUCUUCUCUGCCGCCCUGGCCAGUACCCACUUUACUUCACGCUCCGCGACAUGGACGGCAACUGGGGCGAAGAGCAGGCUAUUCGUCAUAUUGAACCCGCUCUUGCCUUCCAGCUCGAGCUCAGCCGCCUCUCGAAUUACAAGCUUACUCCAGUCUUCGCUGAGAGCAAGCAGCUUCACAUCUAUCACGCUGUCGCGCGAGAGAACCAGCUCGACAACCGAUUCUUCAUUCGUGCAUUGGUGCGUCCUGGACGAAUUCGUGGCAACAUCAACAUGGCGCAAUACCUCAUCUCCGAGACCGACCGCCUGGUUACCAACAUUCUCGACGCCCUCGAACUCGUAAGCGCGAAGCAACGCAACGCGGAUACAAACCAUAUCUUCAUCAACUUCAUCUACAACCUGUCCGUCACAUACGAGGAUGUCCUCGAGGCCAUCUCCGGUUUCAUCGAGCGUCACGGCAAGAGAUUGUGGCGCCUGCAUGUCACUGGCUCCGAGAUUCGCAUUGUGCUCGAGGACAGUGAAGGCAACGUCACUCCUCUUCGGUGCAUCAUUGAGAACGUCUCUGGUUUUAUUGUCAACUUCCACGGGUACCAGGAGAUUACCACCGACAAGGGUACCACCAUUCUCAAGUCUAUUGGCGAGAAGGGACCCCUUCACCUCCAACCGGUGCACUAUUCAUACCCUACGAAGGAGUCGCUGCAGCCGAAACGUUACCAGGCGCACCUCAUUGGCACCACCUACGUCUACGAUUUCCCCGAGCUGUUCUCUAAGGCGCUCAGCGACGUCUGGCAGAAAGCAAAGCGCAUUAACCCUUCGCUUUCGCUGCCGAAGAAGGUCCUCGAGUCGCGCGAGCUCAUUAUGGACGAGCACGACCAGCUGCAAGAGGUGGACCGCACUCCUGGCAACAACGCUUGCGGUAUGGUCGGCUGGGUUUUCACACUCAGGACGCCUGAGUACCCUCACGGCCGUCGCACAGUCGUCAUUGCCAACGAUAUCACCUACAAGAUUGGUUCGUUCGGCCCUGCUGAGGAUCACUUCUUCUACCUUGCCUCCGACUAUGCCCGUGAGCAUGGUUUGCCGCGCAUCUAUCUCUCGGCCAACUCUGGUGCGCGCAUUGGCCUGGCCGAAGAGGUCAUGAGUCUGUUCUCUUGCGCCUGGAAUGACCCUGCUCACCCCGAGAAGGGCGUCGACUACAUCUACCUCACGCACGAGGACUCUCUCAAGCUGCAGGAGAAGGCUCCGACAUCCGUGCGCACGGUUGAAAUUGAGGUCGGGGGCGAGCGUCGCCACAAGAUCACGGACAUCAUCGGUAUGCAAGAUGGCCUUGGUGUCGAGUGUCUGAAAGGCUCCGGCUUGAUUGCUGGUGAGACCUCGCGUGCCUACGACGACAUUUUCACGAUCACCCUUGUUACUGCUCGUUCCGUCGGUAUCGGUGCUUAUCUCGUCCGUCUUGGUCAGCGUGCUGUCCAGGUUGAGGGUCAGCCCAUUAUCCUCACCGGCGCCUCUGCUCUCAACAAGGUCCUUGGUCGCGAAGUCUACACCUCAAACCUGCAGCUCGGCGGUACCCAGAUCAUGUACAAGAAUGGUGUCUCCCACCUCAUGGCCAACAGUGAUCUUGAGGGCGCGACGCAUAUUCUGCAGUGGCUGUCGUACGUCCCUGAGGCCAAGGGUAGCCCUCUGCCCGUCAUGGUUACCGUCGACACCUGGGACCGUGAUAUUGGCUACGUGCCGCCUAAAGGUCCCUACGAUCCGCGCUGGUUCAUCGAGGGCAAGACUGACGAGAACACCUCGGAGCACCUUUCCGGCUUUUUCGACAAGGGUACCUUCCAGGAGACCCUCAGCGGCUGGGCGCAGACGGUGGUUAUUGGCCGUGCGCGCCUCGGUGGCAUCCCCAUGGGUGUUAUCUCUGUCGAAACUCGUACCAUCGAGCGCGUCGUCCCGGCGGAUCCUGCCAACCCGACGUCCUUCGAGCAGCGCAUCAUGGAGGCUGGCCAGGUCUGGUACCCCAAUUCUGCAUACAAGACUGCGCAAGCCAUUUUCGACUUCAACCGUGAAGGCCUGCCGCUGAUGAUCUUCGCGAACUGGCGUGGUUUCUCUGGCGGUCAGCAAGAUAUGUACGACGAGAUUCUCAAGCAAGGUUCCAAGAUCGUCGAUGGCCUGUCCAGCUAUAAGCAGCCGGUGUUCGUUUACAUCGUACCCAACGGCGAACUCCGUGGUGGAGCGUGGGUCGUCCUUGAUCCCUCGAUAAACCCGACCCAGAUGGAGAUGUACGCCGAUGUCGACGCUCGUGCUGGUGUCCUCGAGCCCGAGGGUAUUAUCGAGAUCAAGAUGCGUCGUGACAAGAUUCUUCGUCUCAUGGAACGCCUCGACCCCACAUACGCAGCCCUCAAGAAGGCAAGCGUCGAUACUUCAUCUUCGCAGGAGGAACGGGCAAAAUCAAUCGAAGAGCUAGAUAAGCGCGAAGAGCUCUUACAACCAACGUACAAGCAGAUUGCUCUGCUAUAUGCUGAUCUCCAUGACCGUGUCGGCCGUAUGGAAGCCAAGGGUUGUGCCAAACCGAUGGAGUGGAAGGACGCUCGUCGCCGCUUCUACUGGGCAGUGCGUUCGAAGGUGGCUUGGUCAGCCGCCAUGGCCAAGCUCGCCGAAGCUAGCCCUGACUCUACUGUCGAGUACCGCACGCGCUUGUUGCAAACCCUGGCAGAGGCUGAUGAAUCAACCGACCGCCGCGAGGCCGCUGAGAAGCUUGAGUCUUUGGAUCUGACGGCCACAGUCGCGCAGCUCAAGGCUGACCACCUUAUGCGCAGCUUGCUAGCGCUAGCUCAGGAGGAUCGGAAGGCGACUAUCGGAGGCCUUAUCCGCCUCGUUGACGACCUCGAGGACGACGAGAAGGCGUCUCUCGUCAACGCUCUGCAGAACUCUACCCGAUCCCCAGGUCCGCCAUCAUAUAAUGCCGCUUCGUGACUCGUCCUCUUCCUGUCGCUUGCUGUCGUGUUUCGGAUGCCCUUCGUGUUGACACCUGUAUGAUCAUAUUGUAAUACUGUUCUCUGUCCUGUCUUUUCAUGCAUCUCGCUUUGCACUGGUUCCUACCACUAUCAGGCAUAUUUCAAAUGUUGUAGACGUCACA